UCAAUUUAGCUGUGUUACGAAAUUAUUUACUAAAAUCGAGAGUGAAUUGUAAAAACUGUUAAGUGCCAUUUUGUUGCAUACAAUUAUAAUUCAAAGGACUAUUUCGAGGAAAUGUCAUGAGAGAUGGGGGAAUUACUGUCACACUUUAUUAUCUUACUUCUCUUUGGACUACCAUUAGUUAAAACAGCAGAUCGAUGUGCAUAUAUGACAAAUAUUCCAAGAGAACCAAAGCCGGACAAUUUGCCUGAUAUUGAUUUUGAAGGUCAGCCAUGGAGCGAACGACCAUUUAUUCCGGCACCAGAGAGAGACGACGUCUGCAUGAGUGAAUACUUUCCGGAGAGCAGCACUCAGAUUAUUUACAUGGACGAGGAAAUCAUAGGAGACGUUGCUAUCGCAAAACUUAACUAUUACGGAACCGCAAUUCCUGUCAUCAAUCGUCCUCUUUUGGCUGGGUCAUUCAAUAUGCUGGGCCCGAUACUUCGGAGAGAAAAUAAUGAGUGGUUACUUUACAUUACUGAAAGACAGGACUAUGAAACACCGGAUAUGCAAGUUUAUAUGUUUCGCAUUCAGAUCGAAGGAGAAACCGUGGUUGGAACUAUAUCUUUACAGAUUGUAAACAUCGACGACAACCCACCAAUUAUUCACAUAUUGGAUUCCUGUGUAAUACCAGAACUCGGAGAGCCACGCUUAACUGACUGUAUUUACGAGGUCACGGAUGAAGAUGGUGAGAUCAGCACCAGUGCCAUGACAUUUAAAAUAGAUAGCGAUAGAAAUGACGACCAGAUCUUCUACAUCCGCGGUGAAACAAUACCGAACCAAUUUAAACGGAUGACUAUGACCCUGGGUCUCAAUCAGCCUCUUGAUUUUGAAACCAAUGCACUACAUAUAUUUAGGGUUACGGCUUUUGACUCUUUACCUAACAACCACACAGUCACGGUCAUGAUAAGAGUUGAAAAUGUCGAGCAUCGGCCACCACGCUGGCUGGAGAUUUUUGCUGUGCAGCAGUUGAACGAGAAGACAGCUGAAAACUUCACAGUGAGAGCCAUUGAUGGAGACACCGGGAUAGACAAGCCAAUAUACUAUCGACUUGAAGCUGAUAAGGAUGAUGAAAAGUACUUUGACAUUAAAACUAUAGAAGGUGGCAGAGAUGGUGGUAUAUUCCAAGUGUUUCCAAUUGACAGAGACACUUUAGAACGAGAACUGUUCAGGCUUUCAUUGGUUGCUUAUAAAUAUGACAACGAAUCAUUUGCGACUGUAAAUAAUGUUGUCAUAAUUAUUGAUGAUGUUAACGACCAAUAUCCUGAGCCUUUAUAUAAAAAUUACACUGUCAACAUUGAUGAAGAAACCCCUCAGACACUGUACUUCGAUCAAGAGUUUGGAUUCCAUGAUAGAGAUUUGGGUCAAAAUGCACAGUAUAAAGUACAUCUUGAAAGCGUAUAUCCCCCGGGAGCAGCCGCAGCGUUCUUUAUUCAGCCUGAAGUUGGUUAUCAGCGGCAGACCUUUAUUAUGGGCACAUCUAACCACAGUAUGCUUGACUACGAGGUCCCGGAGUUUCAACAUAUCCAAAUAAAGGUGGUUGCUACGGAUAUGGAUAAGCCAGAAUUCGUUGGUGUCGCUACCGUUUUUAUAAACUUAGUCAAUUGGAAUGAUGAAUUGCCUAUAUUUGAAAAUAGUAUCCAAACUGUGAAAUUUAAAGAGACUGAAGGUGAAGGGUUCUUUGUUGCUGGCGUGCAAGCGCAUGACAGAGAUAUAGGGGACAAAGUGGUGCACAGUAUAAUGGGAACAGCGCAAAACAUUUUAAGGAUAAACGAAGACACUGGAGACAUUUAUGUAGCUACUGACGAAGCAUUUGAUUAUCACAGACAGAAUGAACUGCUUGUUCAGGUACGCGCUGAAGACACAUUGGGCGAACCUUUCAAUAUUGCCACAUCACAACUCGUGAUUCAGCUUGAAGACGUUAACAACACUCCGCCCACCCUACGUCUCCCUAGAGGUACCCCACAAGUGGAAGAAAAUGUUCCGCAAGGUUUCCCAAUAACUCAGGAGUCGCAGAACAUUACAGCCACGGAUCCUGAUACCACAGCUGACUUGCGCUUUGAAAUAAUUUGGGAUACCUCAUAUGCAACAAAGCAAGGCCGAGAAACAGAUAGUUCUCACUUCUAUGGCUGUGUCGAAAUCGAAACAGUAUAUCCGAACCCAGACGAACGUGGUGUUGCUGUGGGGAGAUUGUAUGUGAAAGAGAUCCGUCCUAACGUUACCAUCGACUACGAGGAGUUUGAAGUGCUGUACCUUAGUGUUCGGGUCGUGGACAAUAAAACAGAAAUCGGACAAAACUACGACGAGUUAACGUACACGAUCACAAUAGUGGAUAUGAACGACAACGCCCCCCAGUGGGUAAGCGGCUCCCUGACCCAAGAACUGAGAGUGCGAGAGAACUCCGCGACUAACACCAUUAUCGGUACCGUGCAAGCCACUGAUAUUGAUGGUCCGCUUUAUAACCAAGUUCGGUACACUAUACGUCCUAAAGAAGGUACACCAGAUAAACUUGUGAAGAUUGACUUCCGCUCGGGUCAGAUAGAAGUAGACUUGGAUGGAGCUAUCGAUGCUGAUACUCCACCUCGAUACAAUCUUUAUUAUACUGUGAUUGCAAGUGACAAGUGCUCUGAGGAAGAUGAAAAAGACUGUCCACCAGACUUAGCAUACUGGGAAACUGAAGGAGAUAUAACAAUUCAAAUAAUUGACACAAAUAAUAAAAAUCCUAUGGCAAGAACUGACAGGUUCAAUACGACUGUGUACUUGUACGAGAACGCGAAGUCUGGCGACGAAGUAGUCGUUAUAAAGUCUGAAGACCUUGACAGAGAUGAAAUGUACAACACGGUGAGCUACCAGAUCAACUAUGCGGUGAACCAACGCCUGCGCGACUUUUUCGCCGUCGAUUUAGAUUCGGGACGCGUGUAUGUGGACCUCACGACGGACGAGAACCUCGAUCGCGAUGGUGACGAGCCCACGCACAGGAUCUUCCUUACGCUAAUCGAUAACUUUUAUUCGAAAGGAGAUGGCAACCGAAAUCAGAACACCACGGAAAUUGAGGUGGUAUUGCUGGACAUAAACGAUAACGCACCAGAGCUGCCAUCAAGAGAACAACUGUUCUGGUCUAUCUCAGAGAACUUUAAAAAGGGUGAAAAACUAUCUCCAUAUAUUCAUGCACGAGAUCACGACGAACCGAAUACUAAUAACUCUCGCGUCGGCUACCAGAUCAGAGACCUUGAGAUCACCAAUAGGGACAUCAUCAUUCCAGACCUCUUCGAAAUUGUUCACAUCUUUCAGUCCGGAAAUUUUUAUAAUGUUUCUGCAGAAUUGGAGGCUACCAUGGACUUAAGAGGAUACUGGGGAACCUAUGAUAUUGAAAUUCGAGCUUUUGACCACGGAGACCCGCCGCUACAUUCAGAAGAAAAGUACGAAUUGAUCGUCCGACCCUACAACUUCCAUUCACCCGUGUUCGUGUUUCCAAAGGAUGGUACCAGCGUUCGGCUAGCAAGGGAACGUGCAGUGAGCAAUGGCUUAUUAGUGCUGGUGACUGGAGAGUUCCUGGACCGUAUUCAAGCUACGGAUGAGGAUGGUCUUCAUGCUGGCAGACUUAGCUUCGAGAUCACUGGAGAUGACGCAGCUUCACAGUACUUUCAAAUUGUAAGCGACGGUGAGAACCAAGGCACGCUUAUUUUAAGAGAACUCUUCACCGAAAGCGUCAGAGAGUUUCAGAUUCGUAUCCGUGCGACGGAUGGUGGUACAGAGCCAGGCCCGCUGUUCACUGAGGCGGUGUUGUCUGUGGUAUUCGUGCCCACUCAAGGCGAACCAACUUUCCAAACCAACUCCGUCACCGUCGCCUUUGUUGAGAAGGAAGUUGGUUUAACUGAGGAAAACGAGCUUCCUCUCGCUGAUGAUCCGAAAAAUUAUCUCUGCAACGAUGAUUGCCAUGACAUAUUUUAUCGCAUAAUUAGUGGCAACGACGAAGGUUACUUCGCAUUAGAUUCGGUCAAAAAUAUUCUGUCACUAAAUAAGGAGCUGGACCGCAGUGAGAGUGAGACUCACGUUCUACAAGUCGCGGCUGCGAACUCAAAAGAGGGUACUACCCCCAUUGGAAGUUCUAUCCUUACCGUGACUGUCACUGUCAGAGAAGCAAACCCACGACCAUAUUUCGUCCGAAAACUCUACACAGCUGGCAUAUCAACGCUGGACACAAUCAAUAGAGAACUACUGACAGUACAGGCGACACAUUCAGACGGCUUGCCCAUCGUGUACACUUUAAACCUUACGUCCAUGGUGACAGACCCGAGCUUAUCCAAUGUGCGCGAAUCUGCUUUCACACUGCACAAUACGACGGGCGUUUUGACGCUUAGCAUACAACCUACAGCCAGCAUGCACGGCAUGUUCGAAUUCGACGUAGUGGCCACAGACCCGCUGGAAGCUCAAGAUACGGCAGCAGUUAAGAUCUACCUCAUAUCAUCUUUAAACAGAGUAUUCUUCACCUUCGUGAAUACUUUGCAGCUAGUGGAGACUCAUCGGGAUUUUAUAGGACAGACCUUCAGCACUGGUUUCAACAUGACGUGCAACAUCGAUCAGGUGCUCCCUGCCACCGACAACGCAGGAGUGGUGCGCGAUGACCUUGUUGAGGUGCGCGCGCACUUUAUACGAGACGACGUGCCCGUGCCCACUGACGUCAUCGAGGAUAUUCGCAGCGACACGCAACUCCUGCGCGCCAUUCAAACGACGCUCAACACGGAGCUUCUUGUGUUGCGAGACUUCGUGACGGGUGCCAGUCCCGAUGUGUUGGAGACGAGCACAGCGCUUUAUGCGGCGUACGCGCUGGCCGCUCUCUCCGCACUGCUAGGCCUUCUGUGCCUCGUGCUACUCGCCGCAUACAUCAUCAGAACCAGAGCAUUAAACCGUCGCCUUCAAGCACUUUCGAUGACGAAGUACGGUUCGCAAGAGUCGGGUCUCAAUAGGCUCGCGCUGGCGGCCCCCGGUACUAACAAGCACGCCACCGAGGGAUCCAAUCCAAUCUGGAAUGAAGCUAUCAAAGCACCAGACUUUGAUGCUAUCAGCGAACAAUCGGAUGACUCAGACCUCAUAGAGAACGGAAGAGGCUUAAUAUCUUACCCACACUCAUAUAAAAAGUCAAAAACAUUAGAAGUAGACUCUGAAAAGAAUGGCACUCGAUGUUCAGUCUCAAACUGCCAUGUUCGUCUUAAAGAUGCUAGCAAUCUUUCAUAUCAUAGAAAAUGCCAUCAAAAUAAUCAAUUACAGUGCCCUGAGUGCUCAAAACUGUUUCUUACUGUCCAACAACUUCAUACACAUCUGUGGAAGAUACACACUGUUGACCUGGAGCUGCCUACUUGCAAUAUAUGUGGUUAUAAAACAUACAAGAGAUACAGGCUAGUAAACAUACAUAUGAGAUGCCAUGACAAAUUUAAGGAAUAUACAUGUUUAAUAUGUACUAAAAAGUUUAAGAAUUCAAACCAGCUAUCGAAACACCGCAUGACUCACAAACGGGAUGAGACCCGGGCUCAAUGCCAUAUUUGUCAACGUGAGUUCUCGAAUGAACGACAACUCCGAAAUCACGUGGCCGCUGUUCAUGAAAGACUAAAACCCUUUAAAUGCUGUAACUGUGAUUAUACAGCGGCUCGGAAAGAAGAAUUAAAAUUACACUUACGGUCGCAUACUGGUGAUAAACCAUAUGCUUGCGAUCAAUGUAGUUAUUGCACAGGUGACCAUAACGCAUUGCGUCGUCACAAAAAGCAACACUCGAAAGAGAGUACUUACAAAUGCAAAUACUGUCCCUACACCGCCAUACAAUCCACAAUGUUCGCUUCCCAUAUGAUUUCGAAGCAUCCAAAUGUAAACUCGGAUGAUGUUCACUGCUGUCCCUAUUGUCCAUUUAAAUCUGUCAACAAAGACAAAUAUCUCGUUCAUUUAACGACGCAUAGAGAAAAGGAAGAGAUAAAACUACUAGUCGAAAUGACUAAAGGUGUCAAAACCAACAAGCCAAGUUGGACUAUUCCAAGUGAUAAUUCAAAUAAAUCGAAUGAUAUACAAACUGUAUCCAAUGAGCAAUCUAAAGAUGCAAGCAUGAAAACUGUCAAUACAAUUCCUAUCGAAGUAUACGAUUGUGACAGCCUGCCUGAAACCAUGCUUCAAGAGUAUCCGAAGAAUUACUGCACGACGACGUCGAAUGACGUUGAACAAACCACAUUUAGUGCAGAGGAUUUAAGAGACUUGAGUAAGAAUGAUAAUAAUUCCGAUUGCCUUAUUUCUGAAAGCUUUAAUAUACAGGAGAGACAUCAGUACAGCUCCCAACAUGCUCUACAAAUGCCCUAUGAUUCGUCACAGCCUAAUUUGCAUUUCUUAAAUUCAACUGUUUCGAUCGAUCAAAACUUAUUACAGAACAGUAGUGUGAGUUCUCUAACAUCCAGUCAUUCACCUAUAAGCAAUAGCUUAGGGGGUAAUAUCAUGAGUAAUUUCCCCAUAAGAUUGCCCCCCGUACCUAUAUCUGUACGUAAUAAUAUCACUUUAAAACCAGUCGAUAAAAUUUCUAUACCUAUAACCAAAGUGUCCGGGCCAAUUAUUAAUCAGAUGCAUAUUCUUCCUAUUCCCUCGUCGAGCCAUUCGCCAAUCAACAUAUCUACGGAACUUGACGGAGCGCCAAGAAAGAAGCCUAAAAUAUCAGUAAAAAGCAAUUUAAUACUAAAAGGACCAGAUCAAGUAAACAUGUUUCAUUCGCAACAAAAAAUGGCGUUUAAACGUUUAGAAGAUAACGAGAGGUACGGACUCGGAGGUUCAGUAACUUUUAACAAUUUAAUAACGACUAAUUUCAUGCAACUGCAACCGGAACCAGCACUGAGCGAAUCUCCGAACAAUAUAAUGACGUAUCCUCAAAACAACAUGAUGGGAGACGCCGCAACUACGCCCGUUGACAAUGAAAUGAACGACAACCCGCAGAUAUUUUCAUUCAAUCCACAAAUGAAUGUGAACUCUAUGACAAUGCUCCCCCCAGCGCAAAAGAUUCAAACGAAUGACCCGAGUUACAUAAAAUUAGAAGCGACGAUAAAACAAAACACCCAAUCGCCUAGUUUAGAAAGAAUGUGCAACGCAAAUCUCCUAAACAACCAAGGUAUUAGCCGAGAAUACAAAGCCUCACCUCCUUUAGAAGAUAUUCACAAAAAUAUGAACGAAAUUAAAAACGAAGUAAAAUCUGAUGCUUUUUAUAACUUAAGCCUUAACAGCACUGCUUCAAAUCCACCAAUCAUCGAUCAGUAUAUGAUAGACAAUAUAAUUCCAGAGCAAUAUCCAGCUCAUUUAGACCUAUCAACGGUCGUUUUACCAGAAGUAUCUGACCAGCAGAACGACGUGAUCGAAAUAGAUGACAAUUCUGACGAUAAUAAACUAUUACCUAGAUUCGAUAUGAACUUCUCCCUGGAGUCUCUCUAUUUAAUGCAUAAUGAUUUUCACUUCGAAAAUGAAGUUCCCACAAAUAAUAUGCCUUCUGAUGUACCUGUUAAUGAAAUAAAUAGGAUGGUCGCAGAGAUGCCCCUAGCCAAUACGAAAGAUAACUUAGAUGUUGUGUCUGUAGAAAUUGAGAAUGAUGCUCAAAGUUACAUUCAAGGGAAGAAGGACCCCAUGAUGAACACCUCUGUCCGACCGUCGACUAAUAAAAUAAACGUUAAAAAUAUUGAACUUAUGAAAAAUUGAAUUUGUUAUUUAUUUAUAAGUAUACUCUAGUAAUUCAUAUAAAAGACUGUU